CUCUUCUGUUGACGCCGUGCAAUACUCGUGCAGGUCUCGAAUUGUUUCCGACGGCCGGACACAGCCAUGGACAGCAGUGCUCAUAACGCCCUGAAUGGCUGCGUCGCGUCGUUACGCUCGAGCAUGCAGCUGCUGGAGUCGAGCAUCAACAUCUUGGACAGCGGGGUGAACGACUACCCACGCCUCGCGAAAGUGCUACAGACAACCAGGCACUUCGAACUCGUCUCCGAGCACGAUCUGACCACCGCUCAAUCCACCCUGCUCUCCGAAAUCCAACCUGAAGUCUCGAAUCUCCUCGCACGCGUGGAGACAUACCUCGAUAAGCUGGAGCGUCGGGAAAAGAGCCUGAUGGCCAAAGCAGAGUUGCAAGAAGGCCGACUUGCGCAACCAUCACGAGCAAGCUCCGGAUCCAAGAGUCCCGCACGUAGACCAGCCGCCGGAGGGCUCGGCAACAUGGAAGAGAUGAAGAUGCAGCAGCUUCGGCAGAAAAAGGAACGUUUGAGCUAUGCUGUGGGAAGGCUGGAGCUGCAAGCAAGUCAGAGGCAGAGGCAGCUGAGAAAGAGCAUGGCCGCGCAAUGAGACUCUGCUCUAGUCACGCACACAGCGUGCAUUCCUCCCCACACACGACUCUACGGCGU